UGUAAUGUUUAUUCCAGAGAGAAAUGAUCAACUACAAUUAAAAUUAAGAAUCCAAAAACAAUGAAAAUCUGAGAGAUCGAGAAGCUAGUAGAGAAAAUGAGAGAUGCAUCACCAACCAAUUUUUUUAGCAAGACUUCUCUGUUGCUCUAAUCAACAACAACAAAUUACAAGCCCUAAUUCCAUAUGCUCGGUGGUUCUAUUUUUCUUUCAUCUGUAUUUAAAUUGAUUAAAUUUUGAUAUCUUGCAGGUUGGGAUGAAGUUAACUAUCCAAAUUGAAUCAAAUUUUAGUCGAUUUAAAUUUGUAUUCAAUCAAAAUUCGCAGAAUACGAGGCAAGGUUGAGGCAGUAAGCUUGGGAAGAGCUUGCAGCUGGGAGUUUUGUUUUUGAUUGGAUUUAUGUUUUUGAUGAAUAAGGUCUGUUGGUGGAGAAAGGACAGUGAAGAAGUUGAGAUUAUCGAAAGCUUUAACUAUAGCUGAAGGAACAACUGUUUCUGAUGCUUGUCGAAGGAUGGCUGCUCGAAGAGUUGAUGCAGUGCUUCUUACUGGUUCAGGGUUAGUAUUUCUUUUUGUAAGUUUAUAUUUCCUUGGUUUUGAAGGUACUAGUUUCAAUGCCAUUGAAAGACAAAUCAAGAUCGCAUUGUGAGCGCAUAUUUUUUCAGGUCUCUUUACGAUUUAAGUUUCCCUGUAGUUUCUUUCUUGUCGAACAUAGCUAAGUAUCUGUCAUAGUGGAGAACUGUACCGGCUUUGCAGUUAACCGUACUUUCUUCCCAUAUGGACAAGGGGCACAGAUUUUUGCACACCUGAGUGUGGAUUUGUUCAAGAUCGACAGAUUUUUCAGAGAGUUUGGCAUUUCUAUUGGACCUUUCCAGUAAUGUUCUUCCUCUUCUUAUGGUGCUUCCUUGGUUGUGUAAUAUCAUGUUACUAAUAGUGCUCCAUUUGAUUCCAAACUACAGGACAUAACUGGAUAUGGAAUUGGAAUUGCGACUGUUAAAGUGUUAGCCUCUGAAUGCUCAAAGAGUCCAUUAAAUGAUAUUGUAAUGAAGUACUGGAGAAAUGAUACAGAGGAAAAUCAUGUAUUUAUUUUUAAUCUGAAGAUUUUGACAAUUACUCGGUGUUACCUUUCUAUUAUGCCCUAGCUUCUAUAACCAAUGCCUGUGAUGCUUAUUCGGCUUCGUACAAAGAUUUUGAUGUUUCAGGUAAACUAAAUGGUAAAGGGAAGCAGGCAAAACCCCGAUCCAACCGUACUUCCAAUCAUUGAGAAGUCUAGAAAGCUUGCUAAUAUUGUACCUGGUGGAAAGGUAAUGACACUGAUUGCUUAUGUGAUGGAGUUCGAAGGAAACUAUGGAUCACAUCUCAUUACUGUAUCUAAUGUUGUUUCGGUUAAUUGUUGGAUUCCCCCCACCCAAGACCCAAGAUGUCUAAAAGGUCAGGAGUACUACCAAUUUUAAUCAAGGGAUAAUGGCACCAGGUGGAGUUAGACCCCCUCGCACAUCACACACAGCCUCUCAAUUGUCACGCACUGAUCUGCCAAAGAUUAACAAAGGAGGCAGAGGAGAUGCUCUUAAUGCAAAGCUUAAUGAUCACAUAAGGAAAAAGAACGAAAAUCCUACAAUAACUAUCAAACCAGGUAAAAAUAUUCCAACUGGGGAUUGGGCCACUGAGUUCCAAACUGAAAUAGGAAUCAUAGUGAGAAAGUUUGCACCGUGGUCGACUCGCCCCAAAUGGAAGUCAAUUGGAAAAUCAGAUCUGAAGAAAUUUUAUGAUCUCAUAAUGACUACGGUAGAACUCUCUUUGCGUAGUUUCUUUGUUGCUGGUGCUAACACUUAGGAAAAAUUCACUAUUGAUCGACAUGUAGUACGCAUUCAGAAGGCGGUCAACACAAUGCUAGCAAAUGAGUACAGACAGUUUAGAUGCACACUUCACAAACACUACCUGCAGUACAAACAAGAUGGAACAGAACGGGAAAACCCGCAUCAUCAGGUUAAGCAGGAGGAUUGGGAGAAACUAUGCACUUGGUUUGAGUCUGAUGAGUUUCAGACAAGUAGCACUCAAGGUAAAAAAAGUCGAGAAGCGAAUACAACCAUUCAUUGUACGGGGUCAAAACCUUUUGCCCGCUAUAGAGAGGAAAUGUGUGAUCCAGAAAUAGGUGAAGUUGUUGGACAAAUUGAAUUCUACAAGUUAACCCACUGCAAAAAUGAUGUUUGGACCUGUCAUACGGCGGAGGAAAACUAUGGUAAAAUGCUUGAACUCCGAGCUGCGCCUACACCUGAAGGUUCAACACCCUUGACCGAUGCUCAAAUAUGUGAGGAAGUGCUAGGUGUCAGAUCCGGUUAUGUCAAGGGUCUUGGUCAUGGGUAUGAAAAACCUAGCUCGUCUAGCAUCGAAUAUAAUGCGGAGUUAGGCGAAGCUCUUAGGAGGGCAGAUGAAGCAGAGAAGAGAAAUAAGGAACUUGAAGAAAGAGUUGAUGAGCAAAAUCGCACAAUACAGGGGCUGGUAACUGACACAAUGGAUAUAAGAAGAAUGUUGCUUGAAAUGCAGGGAAACCGUCAAAGCACUCCUGAGAACCAUCAAAACACUCCUGAGAACGGUCAAAGCACCUCUUGAGAUGAUCGUUGAGGGACCAACAGUUGAGAUGUGCAUCUCUGUUUCUUUUUUUAGGUUUAUGUUUCAACAAGUGGUAUCGUUUUUUUCUUCAGUUUAGAAUUAGCUUUAUGUUUCACUUUUGAAAUUUGCAGUGGUAUCGUUUUUUUUCUUCAGUUUAGAAUGUUAAGUUUCUUAAUUAGUGGUGUCAUUUAAUGAACAAUGUAGAUCUUUUCUAUUAAUGAUUUGCUUCGAAAAAUUUUUGGUAGUCUAA